UCCACCAGGACCAAUGGGAAUGCGAGGACCGGGGCCUCGACCGGGAAUCUGGAUGGAAGGUCAGGGACCACCACCACCUAUGUUCCCUCGGGGAUUUGAAGGCCCACCUGUUGAUGGACCUCCACCAGACAGCUUCUUUGGACGUCCACCAUUUGAUGAUCUUGAGCGUCGAGCAAGGGAAGAAGGAAGACAUCCUCGUGGCUGGGAACCACGGGGACCUAGGAGGGGACCUCCAGGGGGUCGUGAGGAGGGAAGGUUCCGAGGGGGGGAGAGGGAUGGACCUGGUCCGUGGAGGAGGGAUGAGGAGAUGGGCCCUAGAAGGGGCAGCAGACCUGAGGAUGCAGGUGGAAAGCAGUGUGAGGAUGAAACGGAGGCCCCAGCCACACCUAAUGUGAAGGGAGAAAGGGAUCGAGCCAGAAAGUCUCGAUGGAGCAAUGUUUCCCCCACAGCAGAACUGGCUCUUGAACCUGUCCCUGCAGAUGGGGGAAAUGAAGAGGCAAUGGAGACAAGUAUUGAGGAAAAGAACUUGAGUCAGUUUGCAGAGGAGCCUCGACUGGAACAGGGUGGUGGUGAUGAUGAUUAUGAUUAUGAUGGUGGUGAAGAUUGUAAUCCUCCAUCAGUAGUGGAACCCCAAAGUGAUGGUACUCCUUGCAAUGAUGAACAGCCCCCAAGUACUGCUGAGCAAAGCUCGGAAAGUGAUGCACCAGGUGGGGAAAAUGCAGGUUAACCCCCAGUCAGUCCAUUUAGUUGUGUUUGGUUUUGUGUCACUCGAAGAAAGUCUUUGAGUUGUUUGCCUAUUAGUGAGUCAAGAAUGAUUCUAAAUGUUCCAAUUGUAGCAGCAAGUGCAUCGUGUGUCCCAUGUGCUGAGGUUGUGAAUGAAGUGAACACAGGAAGUUGGUCAUUUUAGCAAACAGUGGUGCAAUACGUUACAAGAACGUGUUAGUCAGUAAGAAUGCAUUGUGGUGCUUAGUCGAGUCAUCUUUGUUUUUAACUGUCAAACCUGGUCAUUAUUUUAUCCAAGUUUGGUUCAGUACAGUGCCAGUAAAAUUGUGCAAAGUAAUGCUCAAUAAAAGAGAACUUUUAUAUUUUUAUAUACUAGAAAA